CCUUCGUACAAAAGGGACCGAGCGAGCCAUCGGGGCAGGGCGGCAGUGGCGGCAAUGGGGAGGCACUGGGGUCCCUGGGGGGCUGCUCCCAUUGUCCUGCUGCUUGUGGGGGUCUCCUGCCUCCAUCCUGCGGCCGGUUUCUGGCUCUUCAACGUCCUCUUCCCACCCAAUGCCACUCCAGAGGCCAAGCUGGCCAACCACACACCACCGGUCAUCCUGGUCCCGGGGUGCCUGGGGAACCAGCUGGAGGCCAAGCUGGACAAGCCGGACGUGGUCAACUGGAUGUGCUACCGCAAGACGGACGACUACUUCACCAUCUGGCUGAACCUGAACAUGUUCCUGCCCGUCGGGGUGGACUGCUGGAUUGACAACACCAGGGUGGUGUACAACCGGACUACGCGGAGGGUGUCUAACGCACCCGGGGUGCACAUCCGUGUCCCCGGCUUCGGCAAGACUUCCUCGGUGGAGUACCUGGACAAGAGCAAACUGGCUGGGUACCUCCACACCUUGGUGCAACACCUGGUGAACAACGGCUAUGUGCGAGACCAGACUGUGCGGGCGGCUCCUUACGACUGGAGGAUCGGGCCCAACCAGCAGGACGACUACUACCGGUCCCUGAAGGCGCUGGUGGAGGAGAUGCAGGCGGCCUACCAGAAGCGGGUCUUCCUCGUGGGGCACAGCAUGGGCAACCUCCACAUCCUCCACUUCCUGCUCCGGCAGAACCAGGCCUGGAAGGACCGCUUCAUCGGGGGCUUCAUCUCCCUGGGGGCCCCCUGGGGAGGGGCCGUCAAGACCAUGCGGGUCCUGGCCUCAGGUGACAACCAAGGCAUCCCGCUGGUGUCGAGCAUCAAGCUCCGAGAGGAGCAGCGCAUGUCCACCAGCAGCCCCUGGAUGUUCCCCACGGAUCUGGCCUGGCCCCGGGACCACGUCUUCGUGGCCACGCCGGAGCGCAACUACACCUGGAGGGACUUCCGUCGCUUCUUUGAGGACGUGCACUUUGAGGAGGGCUGGUUCAUGUGGGAGGAUGUGCAGAGCCUGCUGGAAGGGCUGCCGCCGCCCCGUGUCCCUAUCUACUGCCUCUACGGCACCGGGCUGCCCACGCCCGAGGCCUACGAGUACGACGCCGGCUUCCCGUUCGAGGACCCCGUAGGAGUGCUCUACGGCGACGGCGACGACACCGUCAGCACCCGCAGCACAUCUCUCUGCCGGAAGUGGCAGGGUGUCCAGGACCAGCCCGUGGAGGUGGUGGAGCUGCCGCGCGUCGACCACCUCAACAUGGUCUUUGACAACCUCACCCUCCACCACGUCAACCGCAUCCUGUUCGGCGAAGAAGGAGGCCCCAGAGAGACCUUUCCCUGAGACAGAGACGCAUUGGGGGCAACUGCAGCACUCCCCAUCCUUUCGUUUUUGAGGAUUGGGAAGGAGAGCAGGGCACAGGAACAUCCUAAGGCCGGCCUGGGCCAACUUUGUCCCUCCUUCCAGGUGUUUUGGACUUCAACUCCUACAAUUCCUAACACCUGGAGGGCCAAAGUUGGCCCAUGCCAGAAUCUCUAUAUCUAAGGCAGGGGUCCCCAAACUUUUUAAACAGGGGGCCAGUUCACAAUCCUUUGGACCGUUGGAGGGCCGGACUAUAGAUGGCCACCGAGCAAUUAUUAUUAUUAUUAUUAUUAUUAAUAAUAAUAAUAAUAAAGAGGAUUGGAAGAGACUCCUUGGACCAUUGAGUCCAAUCCCCUUCUGCCUUUGUGCACCGAAAGCACAAGCAAAGCACCGCUGAUAGAUGGCCACCCAGCUUCAAUGUUAAUAAUAAUAAUAAUAAUAAUAAUAAUAAUAAUAA